AUGCGCCUCCCGGAAAUAGCACUCGGGCUUCAGAACGAAGAUUCCAACUGGGAUGAGGUUUCUGUCGAUCAGGCAAGGACGUGGCUGACAUUCUGCUGUAUGGAUUUGGGGCGCCAUAUCAACCAAAAUUACUUCAUCAGUGAAGUGACUCGCUACACUGAACUUGGAAAGCAUCUCCUUUACACGCCCUUUUGCAGAAAUGUGGACUUUCGGAUUGAUGCUUACCUUGAAGUUCUCUCAAUCGCCAACAAUGCGAGAAAAACCUUCCAAUUCUCAAACAAUUUCAAAUCAGAACCGAUCUCAGUGGAAAAUCUUGAGUUACUGCAAGAAUCGAAUCACAAAUUGGAUUCGUGGUAUCAUCGCCACAGCACGGCUGUCGAUCCAGUUUACCAAUCAUAUUCAAAGCCUCAAGAUCGAGAUAGGAUGAAGAUACCGUAUAAUCUGAUUCGGAUGUAUACGAAUGGAUACGUUCUUCAUGGUCUCAAACCCGGCGUCUCUGCUAUACACCCACUCCGCGUUCAUUUCGUUGGGAUUGCAGUUGAUGCAGGAAUCAAAUUACUUGACUGUGCGCUCCAGUCCAUGAAUUACCAAUCAACGCUGAAAUACUCAAUUGAUUACUCGGACUCGUCACUUGGCUCAGCAAUCAACUACUUGCUCCAUGCUUGCAAUGUUGCCUUUCACUACGUGAAUACUAACGAGAUCAUUCAAGUUCUAGAGCGAGCCCAGAAAAUGUUCCAAAAUGCCAAUUUGAACUCGAAGGCACAGGAGUUGAGCAAUGCCCUGGGCCAGCUUGUGCAGGCCAAUGCGGUAUCAUCGGAGAUGAAUACUAGUAGCCACCAAGAUCAAGCAAUGAACGACCACCAGAUGUCGGACAAUCCAGAUUGGCUCUCGAAUUUUAGGCUUCCACUUUCAGAUUUUUCCCUCGAUGAAGUCUCUCUAGAAAACAUCUUUCUCUACUCCGGUGAAUGA